ACACAGACUUCUGUAGAGAAACGUCUGUCCCUCCGUCGUUCUCCAGGAGAACCGUUCUGGAUCUUUAAACAUCUUCCUGAUAAUCCUAAUUCUUUGAUAUUUUCUCUUCAUUUAAGUUAUAAACUAACCAAUCAGAUGCCACAACUAAAAGUAGGCGGAGCCUAUUGGCCCCUUAUGCAACGUUUAAAACGUUUGAUCAACAGAUGGGGUGUGGCCUGCUUUGAAAUGUUAGGGGUGUGGCCUUCCAACAAGCUCCCUCCUGAUUGGUGAGCGUGGUUGCUAUAGAAACGAUGACUCAGACUGACUCGGACCAGUCAGUGCUUCCUGAUGUCUGGCUCCAACAUGGCGGCGUCCGUAUUGUACAAAAAGGUGGACUGAAUCGACUUCCUUGUUUGGAAGGAAGUUGACCGUUUUCUGUGGAUGACGUCACACAGACCCGGUCCAGUUCUCUGGUUCUGUCUGGACCCGUGUAGACGGAGUUCAGACACUGCUGUCGUUGAGGUUAAUGACAGACGGAGACUCAUUGUCAUGCUGCUCCCUCUGUCAGGGGGGGUGGAGGCCCCCUCCCCCCCGGUCACACUGCUGUCACAUGACCCGGCUUAACCGAGACGUCGGGAGGUCCGCCGCUCCUUCACAGAGAUCCUGCAGCUGCCAUGGCCAGCACCAGGCAGAGCCCCGGUCAGGCUGGUGAGAUUAAGAGGCUGAAGAAGAGGUUUAAGAAGCUUGACCUGGAUGGGUCGGGCUCCCUGAGCGUGGGGGAGUUCAUGUCCCUCCCUGAGCUGCAGCAGAACCCCCUGGUUCCACGGGUCAUCGACAUAUUCGACACCGACGGUGACGGCGAGAUCGACUUCAGAGAGUUCAUGGAGGGCAUCUCCCAGUUCAGCGUUGGAGGCAGCAGAGAGCAGAAGCUGCAAUUCGCCUUCAGGAUCUACGACGUGGACAAAGACGGCUUCAUCUCGAACGGCGAGCUGUUUCAGGUCCUGAAGACGAUGGCGGGCAGCAACCUGAAGGACUGGGAGCUGCAGCAGGUCGUGGAUAAAACCAUCAUCAGCGCCGACCAGGACGGAGACGGCGUUCAGACAGGUGGUCGGCGGACUGGACUUCCACAAAAAGAUGGUGGUUGACGUCUGAUGUGGCAGCGGACCUCCGGUUGGACAGCAGCUCUGAAGUCCAGCCUUCCCUUCAUGUUUAGUAGAAGAGUACUUUUCAAAAGUAAUCAGUUACAAACUACAGUGGUACUUUGUUCAUGUACUGAGGCACUGUGGGUAGUUUCUCCAAUAAACGUUUUUGCUGGGUA